AUGAUCGUAAUCAUUUAUCUUAUUUGCUUGAAUUCAACAGCAUCGUUUGAAAUAGAAACUUUAGAUCCUUAAUACUAAAUAGCACAUUAAAUGGUGAAGAUUGAAGAUGAUGAUUUUUUACAAACCAAAUACUUUAACUAUGGCAUUUGGUCUAAAUAUAAUCCUCUAAGUACAAUACCAUAGACAGGUUUAGUUGGAUUAUUUGAUAGUAAUUGUUAUCUACUUCAUCACAUUAUUGAUAAGAAGACGAAUGAAUUAAAUUUCAUAUAUUAUGAUUGUUUAGAUUAUGAGGCAAAGACAAUAAAAAAGACAAUAAAGUUUGUUAAUAAUGAAGAUGAAUAAAAAAUAUAUGAAAUUGAAAUUGAUACAUUUGAAUAUGAAGGCUUUUGGUAUUUUUUAGAAAUCAUUUAAUGGCCCUUAUAAAAACGAUUUGAAAUUCUGAUAAUAUCAUAAUAAAAAAUAAUAAUUCAUAGUAUUGAUUAAAUAAAAUACCCAUUCAAGGGAAUAGAUCUAUAAUUGACUUUUGGAAAUAGUUUGAUUGUAAGUAAAUCUAGAAUAGAAACAAUUUAAAAAGAUGAAAAAUUCUCAUAUUAUCCUGGAGCCAUAAUUAUAUAAAAAUAUAAAAUAUAAGAUGAACUAAAUAUUAUUGAUUGGUUUAGUUAUGUGUAAGAUAAAUUUAAAAGAUAUGAAUUAUGUUCGUGUAAACUGAAUUAAAAUGUAAAUUUCUAAGAUCAGAAUAUCAAUAAUUAACAAAAAAGAGAAUUUGUUUCAGAUAAUUUAAAUUGUGAUUCUUUUGUUUUAUCAGGAUGGUUUAAAAUAUAAGGAAUAAUUAAUGAAGAUAAUCAAUUUAUAUAUCCAUUUAUAAAAUUAUCAGCUAAUUUUGAAGAUUCUAGUUUAUCUAGUGAUAAUUUAUCCCCUUUUUAAAUUUAAUAUAAAAUAUCAGAUAUUCAGAAUUAAAUUAUUGUAACCACUUAUAGUUAUACUUUUCCAAAAGUUUCAAUUGAUUUUUCGGAUAAUCCCUUUUUAAUAGUAGAACCUUUUGAUAUUAAUCACAGUAUGUUAUUGUGGCAUAAAAUAUAAGUUAAAUUGAUUAAUAAUUAAAUAGAUAUUUAAAUUAAAUUUUACGAUUAGUAAAUAGUUCAUGAAUAUAAUUAUUAAAGAGAGGUUCGUCAAUUUUAAUAAUUGUAAUUAAAAUUAUUAUAUGGAAAUAUAAACUAACUUAAAUCAAAUUACUUGCAUAUUUUAAUACGAAAUUUCUUAUUUUUUAAUUGUGAUCGAACUUUUUCUGAGAAGAACUGCCAUCCAAAUUGUUAAGAAUGUGAUGGCCCUACUAAUUAAGAUUGUCUGUCUUGUUCAGAAGAAUCCAAGAGAAUUUAUUUACCUGAGCAUAAAGUAUGUGUUUGCCCUUAUAAUACAAUUGAUGAUUAAAUUUGUAUUGGUUAAGAAGAAUCAAAUUUAGAAUUUAUUGAUGAACCUUUCAUAAAUACUGAGUGUAAAUAUGGUUAUUUUGAAAUAGAUAAUGAAUGUUACAAAUGGUAAUUUAUAUAUUAUAUUUUUAGUCCUUCUGUGAUUAGGAAAGAUUUAAUAAUUUGUUUAGAGUGCUUAUAAAAUCCUAAAUCUUUUAGUUAAAGCCCAUUUUGUGAAAAUGAUUUACAUAUCAGUCAAUCAAAUUAAACUGAAACACUUAAAUGGAGUUAUCCUGAUUAAUUAUUAUUUGAUGGAAAUGAUUUUAGUGUAUUUGGGAUGAUGUAAGAGCAAAUAUCAGUUAUAAAUAAUAUAGAUUAUUUGUACUUCGACUUUUCAAUGAAAUAAAAAAUUUUAGGGCUACACUGCUAGGAAUAUGAAUAUGAAUGCUAACUAAAUUAUUAUGGGUGCUAAACAUACUAUAUAUCAAUUACUAAAGUAAAAUGUACAUCAUGUUUCUAUGGGGAGUCACUAGUCGAAGAUAAGUGUAUUCCAGAUGAUGUGUAUUAUAAAUCUUGCCAUACCCCUAAAUAUAUAACAUCUACUCAUGAAUGCAAAUUAUGCCCUAAAAAUCAUUGUAUUUAUUGUUUUGAAUACUAAAAAGAUGAAUCUUUCUUCAAAAGUACUUUGUAUAAAGAUUUUGAAAGUUUUAAUACUGACUAAAAAAUAAAUAUUGGUUGUGCAAUGUGUGAGGAAGGAUUCAUUUUUGACUUUUUGAUCGAAGAAUGUAUAAAAAAAUAACCAUAAAUUGAAACUUGUUUAAGAUCAUUUAUUAAUUUAGAAGGUAAUGAAAUUUGUACUUUAUCUUCUAAAACUGAUUUUAGUGUUGCACCUGAAAUAAUAAAUUGUUAGAAAUAUUAUUCUAAUUGUUAACAAUGUGUCCUUUCUCCUAAAUCAAAGUUAUAAUGUGUACUUUGUGAUGAAGGGUAUUUUAGUUCAGUAAUUACAGGAAAUUGUUAAGAAGAUAAACAUUCUACUCAAGUAAAAGAUGGUAUUCAUGUAAUCUAAGGGGAUCAAUAUUAAAAUGAUGGAUAUAUUCAAUUAAUAUAAAGUUUUUAAAUGUAAUUUUUACCUGAUUAAUAUUAUUAUUCAUACACUCCAAGAUACUUUGAUUUGUUUAUAAUUAAAUGUAAAAAUGAAUAUUAAUUGACAUCAAGUUAAUUUUGUUAAAAAUAUUGUAGUAAUGAAUGUUUAAAUUGCUAAGAUAAUUAUGAUAAUUUUAUUUGUAUUAAAUGUCCUUUAAAUUACUACAAAAAUCAUAUAAGAGUAGAAACUCAAGGUCGAUGUGUAAAUUGUUCUCAUUUAUGCUAAUAUUGCUAAGAUAGAGAUGAGAAUGAUAUUUAAGUAAUAUUUUAAUACUAUUAUAGGUUUUGCAACCAAACUUUUAACUUUAGGAAUCAAAUUCUUAAUUUACUAUGAUAUGUCUUAAACCAAUUGAUGAUCCUAAUGUAAUCAUCAAUCCAUAUUUAUAAAAUGUUAAAUACUGUUUUAACGAGAUAUGUUAUAAUCAUUUUUCAUUAUCCUAUUAAUUUAAAGACUGUAUGCUUGAUAGGUAUAAUCCAGAAGGAUAUGAGUCAGGAGUUAAUUUUUAAUACUGCAAUUUAGUAGGAGUAGAUUAAAUGACGAUAAAUUACAUCGUUUAAAUUGAUAAAGGAAUAGAUUGCUAAUUUUCAGUCAAAUUUAUUUUAAGGAAUAGCUUAAAGAAUAAAAUCUUUUCACUAAAAAAGGUUAAUAUGAAUCUUUUUUCUGUACAUGAUAAUAUAUUAAGUACAAAAAAUAAAAUAAUCAUAACUAAUUAUGAUUAAGUAUAAAUCAAAAACAUUAAACUUACAUUAUUUGAUGGAUUUUUUUUUAAUAACAAUAACAAUUAAGUUAAUAUCACAUUAAAAAAUUUUAAAUUAAUUUAAAGCAACUUUUCUGAUAUAAUAAUUCUUAAAACUUAAGUUUAUGGAAAUAUCCUUAUUUAGGAUGUGUAGAUUUUAGAUUCUAUUUUUUUAAAUUCAUCUUUUUUUGAAUUUUAGAACCAAUAAAUUUCAUUUACAUUGACAAUUAAACAAUUAACAUUCAAAAACUGUAUUUUAGAUAAUUCAACAUUAUUCAAAAUAACCUAAAUUCAAGCAAUCUUAAUUUUUGAAAAUAUCCUUAUUGAAAAUUGCUCACUAUUAAAUUCUUCAUUUUUCUCAUUCUAUACAGAUUUGAACACGAUAAAUUCUAUCAGAUUUUUUGAUGUCUAAAUUAAUCAAUGUAAUUUUAAUCUUUCCUAUUUUCUCAAGAGUGAUACUAAUUUUAUUAUAAUGGUAAGAAAUCUCUUUAUCGAUAAUAACUAUUUAUAAAAAUCAGUAUUAAUUGCUUUUAAUGAUAAUAUUGAAUUGAUUAAUGUGAAAACAAGUUAGAAUACUCUUAUUGGCUCUUCAAUUAUAUCGACAUUAAUGAUUAUAAAUUAAUAAAGUGUUUUAUGUAAGAUAGAAGAUUUUGAAGAUAGUUCAAGUUCUUAUUAAGAAUCAAAUUUGAUAAUUUUUUAUUCUAGUCUUCAAAUCAAUAAUUUUAUUCUAAAUAUUAAAAAUAUUAAAGUUUCAGAAAAUAAAUUAUUAGAUACACUAAAUAUACAGAAUUAACUAUUUAAAUUACAUUGCAAAUAAUUUAUAAUUUAAAAUGGAAUAUUUUUAAAUCUUUAAAAUAUUUCUGUGUUUUAUCUUUUUGAAAUAAACUAGAUCAUUUUUGAUUCUGUAAUACUUGAGAAUUAUGAGUUAGAACAUAAAGUUCCUCUAUCUUAAUUUUGUACUGAUCAAGUAUAAUUUAGGAAUUAACUAUUACAAAUUAUAGGUUUUUAGUCAGUAUCAUUAUCAAACAUUAAAAUUUUAAAUCAAUUUAGUAUAAAUUAUUCAUUUAUGGAUAUAAGUUUUAGCACCUAAUUCAUUAUUGAAAAAUAAGGAUAAGUAAAAUUGAUGAAUGUAUAAUGUAGAGGGAAUAUUUUAUUAAAGAAUAAAUAAGCCACUUCCUUAUCGUUAAUUAAUAUAUAUUCUCAAUAUAAUUUAAAUAUUAAACUAACUAAUUUUUAGUUUACUGAAAACAUAAUAAAUUAAUAAAUUGAUGAAUCACUUGAUACUUAAACUAAUUUAUUACAUGUGAGUUCAUUAGACAGUUUUGUUGAAAUUCAUUCUUUAUAUUUUAAUCAAAAUGCUUUAACUAAUUCAACCAAUCCAUUUAUCACUAUUGCUGCUACUUUGAUCGAAAUUUCUAAUUUAAUAUUCAUGAAUCAAAAUGUUUUAUCAUAAGCUUUAUGGUAAUAAUUUUAUAAUUUUGAAUUAGAGGAUUAAUAUAAUCAAUAAUAAAUUAACUCAAUUAUUUAAUCGACAUUUAAAAUGUUAAAUUAAGGAAUUUUUAUUGUAGCUUCCUCUUUUAGUUGUAUAGAUAGUGUAUUUAAAGAAAUUAUUGCUUCUUAGAGUUCUAUUUUUUAAAUCAAAACUUAAGGAUAAGGAAUAAUCAAAAUGAAUAAUAUCGAAAUUGAUUCUGUUUAUACAAAUCUAAAAGAUAGUGGAAGUUCAGGUUGUAUUAGUAUAGACUCAACAAAUAGUCUAUUAAAUUUUGAGCUUAAACAAAUAAAAUUUACAAAAAUAUUUAAUAGAAUGGCUGCAUCAUUAUUUACGAUUAUUCCUUCAUCAAAAUCGAAUAUAAUUCGUUUAAAUAAUAUUGAAAUAAUAAAUUGUCUUUCCUUAAUGAAUACAAUUAUGUUUGUUUAAUUUUCAGCAUAAGUUAUGCAAUAAAGUUUAGUAAGUUUUAAAAAUGUAUCAAUUUAUUCAAGUGAAGAAUAUUGGAUUUAAUUAUUUUCUAUGAUAGGUCCAAUUACGCUAUCAGAAUUAAAUAACAUAUUAAGUGAAGAGAAUGCUAUGUUGUCCUUUGAAAAUUGUAAAAUAGAAAUAAUUAAUUUUUAUGUUGAAGGUAUCGCAAUCUCUCCAAUUUUUAAAUCUUAAAAUGCUUAUAAAUUAAAGUUAUUAGAUUGUUAACUAGUAUCUAUAUAAAAAUUAUAUUCUUUUGACCUUAUACACAUAACUUAAACUUUAAUAACUAAAUCAAGUAUAUCUGUUGAAAAACUAAAGAUAAUUUAGAGUAAUACAUACCAAAAAAAAUCUGAAGGAAUUCCUAUUUUUUCAGAUUUGAAUUAUAUAAUUGGAGGGUGCAAUUUAUGGAGGAAUACAUCAAUAAUAUAAAAAAUCAUUUUUACAGACAUUAUCAGCUCGUUAUAAUCUUUUAAUUAGAAGUUGAAUCAGAUGAUGUAUGUGAAAAGUAUUUCUGAAUUAAAUUAUCUAAUUUUUUAAGGGAUAGAGAUUAUUAAUAAUAAUGGAUCAGACUUUACAAAUGGAAUAAUCACUUUUGAAAUGGAAUAGUUUAAAAUAUUUAAAAUCUUUAAUGUUAUUUGCCAUUAGAAUAGUGUAAAAUCAAAUGGUUGUAUUUAUUUUUAGAUCUAAAAUUUUAUUAAUUAAACUAUAAUAAUCAAAGAUUCAUAUUUUGUUUAGAAUAAUGGAAGUUUAGGAGGCGCUGUAUUCAUUUAAAAUGUUAGAUUAAGGAUGACGAAUUGUAAAAUUAUAUCUAAUUUUGCAAGUAAAUCAGGUGGAGGAUUAUUUUUAUAAUUAAAGGAUUCUGAUUUUUUAAUAGAAUCAACAAUAAUUACUAAUAAUUAGGCGUUAGAUGGAGGAGGCAUUUAUUUCAAUUAGGAUGGAUCUAUACUACAUUCUAAUUUUAUAAAAUCCUUUUUGUUAUUUAAUAAAGCCUUAUAAUUUGGAGAUAAUCUUAUUGAAUCUCCUCAUCAUUUAACAUUACUUAUCAACAAUAUGGAAAUGCACUCGAAAAAAUUGAACAUUAAUCAAAUAUUUAAUCGUCAUUUAGUGCUCAAACCCUAUAAAAUUAUAGAAUAAGGAAUUCCUUUUCUUACAUAGUAUUUUAUGAUCCCUAGUUAAUAAGUUAUUGAUUAGUAUUAAAUAUAUUCACCAUUCAAGAUUCAAUAUUUUUCAUAUAUAACAAAUUUUGGUGUGAUGUUGAAGAAUAGUUUAAAUGAAUAACUUCCCAAUAUUCUUAAUAC